CAAGAACAGUAAUUAUUCGUCUUCUUCUUCUUCUUUCUUCUUCUUCCUCGUGUAAGGUAACGAAGAGAGCACCCAAAACCAGCGAUUUACACUCUCUCUGAAAGAGGGGGAAGAGGUUUUUUAAGAAAUUUUUGGAUCUGGUUUGGCUUUUAGAUCUCUCGUUUAAGCCAUGGCGAGAGGGCCUUUCGUGUUCCUGCUUUGGAUCUCCGCAUGUCUCUUCCUUUUCCUUCGUGCUUCCUGUUUCUAUCUCCCUGGUGUGGCUCCCCAGGACUUUCAUAAGGGAGAUGUUCUGAGGGUAAAAGUAAACAAAUUGACUUCCAUUAAGACGCAGCUUCCUUACUCUUAUUAUUCCCUCCCUUAUUGUCGUCCAAAGCAAAUAUUUGAUAGUGCUGAGAAUCUUGGAGAAGUUCUUCGUGGUGAUCGUAUAGAGAACUCUCCUUUCGAGUUUAAAAUGAGGGAACCAGAGAUGUGUACUAUUCUUUGUCGCAUAGUUCUUGAUGGUAAAAUGGCAAAGGACUUCAAGGAAAAGAUAGACGACGAGUAUCGGGUGAACAUGAUUCUGGACAAUCUUCCUCUUGUUUUUCCCAUACAAAGGAAUGAUCAGGAAUCUUCAGUUGUAUAUCAACAUGGUUUUCAUGUUGGUCUCAGAGGACAGUACGCUGGGAGCAAAGAGGAAAGGCAUUUUAUCUAUAACCACUUGACCUUCACGGUCAAGAUUCACAAGGAUCUGAUAACUGAGUUGUCGAGGAUUGUAGGAUUUGAGGUCAAACCAUACAGUGUGAAGCAUGCAUAUGAAGAUUCUUGGACUGAAACUACCCGAUUGACAACCUGUGAUCCACAUGCAAAACGUAUGGUUACCAACUCUGAGACUCCUCAAGAAGUUGAAGAGAAGAAUGAAAUCAUCUUUACUUAUGAUGUGGAGUAUGUGGAAAGUGAUGUGAAAUGGGCAUCAAGGUGGGAUACCUAUCUUCUGAUGGCUGAUGAUCAGAUUCACUGGUUUUCUAUAGUUAAUUCCUUGAUGAUUGUCCUUUUCCUCUCGGGUAUGGUGGCCAUGAUUAUGUUGAGGACACUAUACCGUGAUAUUUCUAAAUAUAAUCAAUUGGAGACCCAAGAAGAAGCUCAAGAAGAGACCGGUUGGAAACUGGUCCAUGGUGAUGUUUUCAGGCCUCCAUUAAAAUCUGAUUUACUUUGCGUGUACGUCGGCACAGGUGUUCAGUUUUUUGGCAUGAGUCUUGUCACCAUAAUAUUUGCUGCUCUUGGUUUCCUCUCCCCUUCGAACAGAGGGGGUUUAAUGACUGCCAUGCUCCUACUCUGGGUCUUUAUGGGCCUUUUUGCUGGCUACACUUCUGCUCGUCUAUACAGGAUGUUUAAGGGAACAGAGUGGAAGAAGAUCACACUGAAAACAGCUUUCAUGUUUCCUGCCACAAUAUUCUCCAUUUUCUUUGUUUUGAAUGCUUUAAUCUGGGGAGAGAAAUCCUCUGGGGCAGUGCCAUUCGGAACCAUGUUUGCUCUGGUGUUCUUAUGGUUCUGUAUCUCGGUUCCUCUCGUCUUCGUAGGUGGCUAUCUUGGGUUUAAGAAGCCAGCAAUUGAAGACCCUGUGAAGACUAACAAGAUCCCAAGACAGAUCCCUGAACAAGCUUGGUACAUGAACCCUACUUUCUCUGUACUCAUUGGAGGGAUACUCCCUUUUGGGGCAGUCUUCAUUGAGCUGUUUUUCAUCCUCACCUCCAUAUGGUUGCACCAAUUUUACUACAUAUUUGGUUUCCUCUUCAUUGUGUUCCUCAUCCUGAUAGUCACUUGCGCUGAGAUCACAGUUGUGCUCUGCUACUUCCAACUGUGCAGUGAGGAUUACCAUUGGUGGUGGAGAUCAUACCUGACUUCAGGCUCCUCUGCACUCUACCUCUUCCUCUAUGCUGCCUUCUACUUCUUCACAAAGCUCGAGAUAACGAAGCCGGUGUCGGGGAUGUUGUACUUUGGGUAUAUGCUGAUUGGUUCAUAUGCUUUCUUUGUGCUGACUGGUACAAUUGGAUUCUACGCAUGUUUCUGGUUCACAAGACUCAUCUACUCCUCGGUGAAAAUUGAUUGAUUUCUUGGAGAAAUAUGUUAAAUACUUUUAAAGUUUUUGUUCAUGUAGCAAAGGAGGAAGAAGAGGCUCACUCUGGGAUAGGAAAAUGGAAAUUGUUUGGAUUUAGAAGCGGCUUUUAAUUUUUCUUUUUUCUUUUUUUCUCUUUUGAAUCUUUAUUAGUACAGGCUGUUUUGGAGAUUCCAGUUAUUACUUUUCUUGUUCAUUGGCCCUUUGUUAUGUUCUUUUACUGCUCAAUAGGAGACUUUGGAGAGAAUUGUGUAAGCAACAGUUCCGAUGUACUCCCUUGUUAUGAUAGUAAUGGAGGAAACAAAAAAUCAUGUGCUUCA